AUGGCAUCCUAUCCGUCCGGGCCAGGCAAGCCCAAGGCCAGGUAUCCCUUUAAGAAGCGGGCCGGCCCGCAGGCCGCCUCCGCAGGGCCGGAGGCUCGGGGUGGGCUGGGGGCCCCUCCACUGCAGUCGGCCCGGUCCCUGCCAGGCCCGCCCCCCUGCCUCAAGCACUUCCCGCUGGACCUGCGCACGUCUAUGGAUGGGAAAUGCAAGGAGAUAGCCGAGGAGCUGUUCAGCCGCUCCCUGGCUGAGAGCGAGCUCCGCAGCGCCCCCUACGAGUUCCCGGAGGAGAGCCCCAUCGAGCAGCUGGAAGAGCGGAGGCAGCGCCUGGAGCGGCAGAUCAGCCAGGAUGUCAAGCUGGAGCCAGACAUCCUGCUUCGGGCCAAGCAAGAUUUCCUGAAGACGGACAGCGAGUCGGACCUCCAGCUCUACAAGGAGCAGGCCGAGGGCCAGGGCGACUGGGGCCUGCGGGAGCGCGACGCGGUGCCGGAGCGGGAGUUCCAGCGCGUCUCCAUCUCCGGGGAGGAGAAGUGCGGGGUGCCCUUCACGGACCUGCUGGACGCAGCCAAGAGCGUGGUGCGGGCGCUCUUCAUCCGGGAGAAGUACAUGGCGCUGGCGCUGCAGAGCUUCUGCCCCACCACCCGCCGGCACCUGCAGCAGCUGGCGGAGAAGCCGCUGGAGACGCGGGCCUACGAGCCGGGCCCCGACACCCCCGUGUCCGCCGAUGCCCCGGUGCACCCCCCGGCGCUGGAGCAGCACCCAUACGAGCACUGUGAGCCGAGCACCAUGCCCGGGGACCUGGGCCUGGGCCUGCGCAUGGUGCGGGGCGUGGUGCACGUCUACACCCGCAGGGACCCUGACGAGCAGUGCUCGGAGGUGGAGCUGCCGUACCCCGACCUGCAGGAGUUCGUGGCCGACGUCAACGUGCUGAUGGCCCUGAUCAUCAACGGCCCCAUAAAGUCGUUCUGCUACCGCCGGCUGCAGUACCUCAGCUCCAAGUUCCAGAUGCACGUGCUGCUCAACGAGAUGAAGGAGCUGGCCGCCCAGAAGAAGGUGCCGCACCGCGAUUUCUACAACAUCCGGAAGGUGGACACGCACAUCCACGCCUCGUCCUGCAUGAACCAGAAGCACCUCCUGCGCUUCAUCAAGCGGGCCAUGAAGCGGCACCUGGAGGAGAUCGUGCACGUGGAGCAGGGCCGCGAGCAGACGCUGCGCGAGGUCUUCCAGAGCAUGAACCUCACCGCCUACGACCUGAGCGUGGACACCCUGGACAUGCACGCGGACAGGAACACCUUUCAUCGCUUUGACAAGUUCAACGCCAAAUACAACCCCAUCGGGGAGUCUGUCCUCCGGGAGAUCUUCAUCAAGACGGACAACAGGGUUUCUGGGAAGUACUUCGCUCACAUCAUCAAGGAGGUGAUGGCGGACCUGGAGGAGAGCAAGUACCAGAACGCGGAGCUGCGGCUCUCCAUCUACGGGCGCUCGCGGGACGAGUGGGACAAGCUGGCGCGCUGGGCCGUCACGCACCGCGUGCACUCGCCCAACGUGCGCUGGCUCGUGCAGGUGCCCCGGCUCUUUGACGUGUACCGCACCAAGGGCCAGCUGGCCAACUUCCAGGAGAUGCUGGAGAACAUCUUCCUGCCGCUGUUUGAGGCCACCGUGCACCCCGCCAGCCACCCCGAGCUGCACCUCUUCCUGGAGCACGUGGACGGCUUCGACAGCGUGGACGACGAGUCCAAGCCCGAGAACCACGUCUUCAACCUGGAGAGCCCGCUGCCCGAGGCCUGGGUGGAGGAGGACAACCCGCCCUAUGCCUACUACCUGUACUACACCUUCGCCAACAUGGCCACGCUGAACCACCUGCGCAGGCAGAGGGGCUUCCACACGUUCGUGCUGCGGCCGCACUGUGGGGAGGCCGGGCCCAUCCACCACCUGGUGUCCGCCUUCAUGCUGGCCGAGAACAUCUCGCACGGCCUGCUGCUGCGCAAGGCCCCAGUCCUGCAGUACCUGUACUACCUGGCCCAGAUCGGCAUCGCCAUGUCCCCGCUCAGCAACAACAGCCUCUUCCUGAGCUACCACCGCAACCCGCUGCCCGAGUACCUGUCCCGUGGCCUCAUGGUCUCCCUGUCCACCGACGACCCCCUGCAGUUCCACUUCACCAAGGAGCCGCUGAUGGAGGAGUACAGCAUCGCCACCCAGGUGUGGAAGCUCAGCUCCUGCGACAUGUGCGAGCUGGCCCGCAACAGCGUGCUCAUGAGCGGCUUCUCCCACAAGGUGAAGAGCCACUGGCUGGGCCCCAACUACACCAAGGAGGGCCCCGAGGGCAACGACAUCCGACGCACCAACGUGCCCGACAUCCGCGUGGGCUACCGGCACGAGACGCUGUGCCAGGAGCUGGCGCUCAUCACGCAGGCCGUGCAGAGUGAGAUGCUGGAGACCAUCCCCGAGGAGCCCGGCCUCACCAUGAGCCCGGGCCCCCAGUGA